AGUUAUAAAAUCAACUAGAGCUCAAAAUGUCUAAAUCUAUUUAUGCAUAAGUCAGUACUUUUUGCAAUGAACAUCUCAGGUCAUCAAGUUUUAUUUCUGCUUUUCCCAGGUAUUGUGAUCUGUUACAGAGCCGGAGUAGAAAACUAUCCCAAGAUGCAGUGGUGCAGGUGGGCUGGCAGUUGGAGAUCACACCUACCAGGACAGUCUGCCGGGCCGGAGAUUGAGGACUCUUUCGACUUUCUUUUUAAAAUCAUCCUGGUUGGGGACUCAGAUGUGGGGAAGACGUGCGUGGUGCAGAGCUUCAAGUCUGGGAUAUUCAUCGAGAAGCAGCAAAACACCAUCGGGGUGGACUUUACUGUUCGCACCCUGGACAUCGACGGGAAGAGGGUGAAGAUGCAGGUGUGGGACACGGCAGGACAGGAGCGUUUCCGCACAAUUACUCAGAGCUACUACCGCAGUGCCCACGGGGCCAUGGUGGCCUACGACAUCACACGCCGCGCCACGUUUGAAUCUGUUCCCCACUGGAUCAGGGAGGUGGAGCAGUUUGGAGCUGCCAGCGUGGUGCUGAUCCUCAUUGGUAACAAGUCAGACCUUCAGGCUCAGAGGCAGGUGUUGUUCGAGGACGCGUGCACUCUGGCAGAAAACAACAGUGUGCUGGCUGCUCUGGAAACCUCAGCCAAGGAGGCUCAGAACGUCGAGGCGGCCUUCAUCCUCAUGGCCAGGGAGCUGCUGGCGCGCAACGGCAUGACCAUGAUAGAUGAGAUUUCCCAAGACUCGUCUCAGUUUAUGUUAAGUAACAGCUCCCACCCUGUUCACGGUGCUGCGUCUUCAGAUAAAAAGUGUGGAUGCUGAACGGACUGAAGUGGGGAUGUAUUGUUGUAGUUUAGGAGAGACUACUUAUGUUGCAUUGUGUGAGUGUGUGAAAGUUUUGUACACAUUGACUUUUAAUAUUUAUAGUUAGUAGAUUCAGUAACGUUUAAAUCACAGUUGCGUAUUUUGUAAUUUUCUCCUGAGGAUAACUGCUGCUGAGUGUGACAGUGACUGGUGCAAGUCUGUACUAAGACUGUACUACAGUAUACACAAUUUUUCAGUGGACAA